CCCCCUCUCAUCUUCAUUUCUCUCUCCUGUCUCUAUACUAUAAAAUAUAAAUAAAUAAAAAAAAAAGAGAAGAACCACACCAUCACAGCAGGCAUGAGAGUCUUUCUGCAUUAUGCUAUGUCCCCCGCCCUGCUGGGGUAACUUUCCAAGCCAGAAAUCUUUUCUGAUCGUUUUCCCAGUCUUUCCUCCCAAAGGCCCCCGAAAUCCUGAGCCCUGAAAUGCUCCCAGGUACGUCCCUCUCUCCCGGCAGAAGGGGCGCGCUCCCCGGGUCCCGCGCAGCCCCUGCCCGCGCGCCCGGCCCCGCCGUUGAUCGUGCGCCCUCGUGGCCCUCGGCCCAGCUCCUCGCCGCCGCCCCCUGCGCCCUCCACCCGCGGCUCCGCAGACCAGGGGCCGCGCCGGCCAGGACGAGGCCAGGACCACCGCCAUCCACGCCGCCCCGCAGCCAUGGGCCUGAGCCCCACCACCGGGAGGAAAAACUGGGGCCGCUUCUCCAGGCGCCUCAGGCCACGCCCCAAGCCCGCCCCGAGCUCCCCGGACGUGCCGCCCCUGGAAGCUGCUGCCUGGGCCACACCUCCUGCUUGGCUCUUGCCCAGGGCCCUGCGGAGUGCGUCUGCGCCCCAGAAAACUCCGGUGCGGGGGCCCGGCCCCCUCCAUGCACCUGCUCCCUGCGGGCCCCGGGAGCCCCCGAAGAGUCACCAAGUCUCCAAGGCUCCUCCUGCUCAUGAUCCUGUGGGAUCUCAAGCCUUGGUGCGGUUCUCACCCAAGCAGCCAGACACUAUCCAACAGGGCAUAAGUGCCCAGCAGGGGGAGAAACCAGAGGUUAACUGGGAGACCACUGCCCACCAGAAGAGGGCAGCAGAGUCAAAUUCAAGCCUACAGCCUUGGGGUGAAGGCAAAUUAGUAAAGAAAGUUGCUGAGAUGGUUGGCUUCAUACCUGUAAGAACUCAUUUCUCCAAGUGGGUAGGACGGCUGGAUUGGCUAAAUGAAGAACUCAAGAAAUCUCUCCAAAAGGCAAAGAUAAAAGUUGGACAAAAGUGUCAGAGGGCCAAAGGACUGACAACAAAUUGGAAAGUAUUAAUCCAAGAAGAUUUCCUGAAUCUCAAAAGACUGGUAGCCUGCCACAUUCGCAUUCCAGACUCCCUCCCUCCCAUCCCCCAGCUCUCUGAUGGGGACAAUUGUAGCAGGAAGCCUAUUGAUGGCAGCAGAGAGAAACUAUCUUAUUUGCAGCAGAACAUGGAAAAGCUAAAACCCCAACCCGGAGACUUGAUUGAGAUUUUCCGUAUCGGCUACGAGCACUGGGCCAUCUAUGUGGAAGAUGACUGUGUGGUCCACCUGGCUCCCCCAAGUGAGGAAUUUGAGGUCGGCAGCAUCACUUCCAUCUUCAGCAACCGGGCGGUGGUCAAGUACAGCCACCUGAAUGAUGUGCUGCAUGGCUGCUCCUGGAAGGUCAACAACAAGCUGGAUGGGACCUACCUGCCGCUGCCCGUGGAUGAGAUCAUGCAGCGCACCAAGCAGAUGGUCAACAAGAUCGUGCAGUACAGCCUGAUCGAGGGCAACUGUGAGCACUUCGUCAACAACCUCAGAUACGGCGUGUCCAGGAGUCAGCAGGUGGAGCACGUCCUGAUGAAAGGAGCAAAGGCAGCAGGCGUUGUGAUUUCCGCAGUUGUGGACAGCAUGAAACCCAAGCCCAUAACUGCCUGAAGGUGCUGGGAACUCCAAUGAGAGGAAGAGCUACUGAUAUCCACAAAGAACAUAUACUUCUUGCCCACCCCUUGCCUUCCUCUCUCGAUGGCCCCAUGUAAGAAUUGUGAGCCUCUAGAAGAAUCUAGAAUGUAUCCAAUUACCAUUCCAGAAAUACAGCCAAUAUAUGUGAUCAUA